AUGCAGGCUAUUUCACGGUGGUAUCAGCUUCUCUCUUCCAUUGUAACUCGGCAAAGGUUAGAAAACCUCUAUGGGGAUUCCUCCUCAUCUGUAGCAUCAGUUAGCACCAAAAGUGUGAACAGUAAGUUAGAUGUACAGGUUGAUGGUAGUCCAAAUGAUGAGCAAUCUCUUGCAUGCCAGCAAGAUGUGCAUGAAAAUAGGCCGGCUGGUCCAUCAGCUGCCAUGCCGGAAAACCAUGAGCAUGUAUUCUUGACAGAAAACCAGAGUUUUGAUGAGGACAACUUGGUGGUGACAAGGAGGUGUCAUUGUGGAUUCACGGUGCAAGUGGAAGAACUGUAG